CGAAACCAUCAGUUGGCGGGAACUAAUGUGCGCAUAGUCUACGGAUUGUCUUUUUAAGAACAUUUUCAAAUUGUGAUUUUGUUUUUUUUUUUUUAUAGAGCACCAAUAUUAGUUUUUGUUUAAAAUGAGUACGGAUUUGCCAGUGUGUCAAAGAUGCUGUAUCUGUGUACCGCUACGGUAUGGUUUGCUUACAUGGGCAUAUAUUAAAUUGGUUUCGGUGACCAUUUUGUCACUUUUUAUCAUGGUGGCACUGUAUAACAUUGUGAACGUAUACCGUGUCUCUAUAUAUCUGCACAAUAUCAUCUUCAUCAGUGUGGUAUUGAACGUGUUCUUCAUUGAAAUCGGUUUGACUAUUGUGUUUAUCGUCGGUGGGCACAUGAAAAAUGUAAAACUAAUGCGUGUGUUUUACAUCUACAAUAUAGUGUUGCUGGUGAUAGCUAGUAUCCUAAUGUUAGUCGCGGUGUUGGUGCUUAUAUUCCCAGUAAAUCUGCUUAUGUACCACACUUGGCAAUACAUCACCAUGUGCGCUAACUUCUUUUUUAGCAUCGUUACAGAAAUCUACUUUAUACUUCUAAUGAGAAGUGAGAUCUUAAAACUUGAGAGCAGGUACGGAUUCAGCUUCGUGAACAAUGCGGCUGAGGGCGAAUGCACAAUGAGGGAAUGCACUCAAAUAGAGGGAGACUGUAAGACAAUAGAAGAUGAACCAAAGGAGGCGGAAUCUGUAUCUGAGUAACACAAAAAUUAGGCUUAAAUACAGAAGAAUAUAAUACUUAAAGUAUUAUUUAAAUAGUACAGUCAUCAAGGUAAUACUACAAUCUGUCAAACACAUUUCUCACUCGAUGAUGAUGUAAUAAAGUCGAAAAUCCAAUGAAGAAAUUCGACAGUGAGUAGUACAAACGGACAUAUCUAGUCUUGGCACAGGGCUAAGCAGACAUCAUCCUUAUGUGAUCCAUUCACAAUACGGUCAUAAUGGUUGUGAGUAGGGCAUGACCUAUAUUACUUCGAUACUUGGAAGUUAACCCUUUAAACGUCUUUGAUAACAAACAUGAAACACAUAAUGUAGGUAAUAAUGUAAGUAAGUUAAGUUUCUUAAAAUUAAAAUUGU